GGUUCCCGUGCUGAUGACUUGACCGCUCUCAUCUCUAAAAACCCUCUUCAUUGGACUGUUUAAUUGGCAAUGCAGACGAGUUCUCCACGCUGAGAAGUGUCCCGGCGUAACCUGCUGCCCACAUUUCUCCAAUUGUUUUGUCGUCUUUUGAAGGCCUGUGAAAUCCAAGGAGACACUUUUUGGUGAAAGCCGCGUGAAAUUUCUCCUGAAAUGGCCUCACAGAGAGUGUGGCUGUUUUGCCUGCUUGUUACAUUUAUCUGCUCCUUCCAAGGGAAUCUCAUUCCCGGUGUACAAGGACAAGCCCAUGGGGCGGCGGAGGACGAUGAAGAUGAGGGAAAACAUCCUACUCAGGUAGAGAGGGAUGAUGAAGAGGACAACGAUGAUGAUAACAACGACAAAGAUGAUGUGAAAGAUGAUGAUGAUGACGACGACAAUAAGGAUGAUGAUGAUGACGACAAUAAUGACAAAGAUGAUGAUGAUGAUGAUGAGGAUGACGACGACGACGACGACGACAAUAAGGAUGAUGAUGAUGACGACGACGAUAAUGACAAAGAUGAUGAUGAUGAUGAGGAUGAUGAUGACGACGAUGACGAGGAUGAUGACGAUAAUGACAAAGAUGAUGAUGACGAUGAUGACGAGGAUGAUGAUGAUGACGAUAAUGACAAAGAUGAUGACGAUAAUGACAAAGAUGAUGAUGACGACGAUGAUGAUGACGACGACGACGAUGAUGACGACGACGACGAUGAUGACGACGACAAUGAAGAUGACGACGAUGAUGAUAAAGAUGAUAAAGAGGACGACGACGAUGAUAAAGAUGAUGACGACGAUGACGACGAUGAUGAGGAAGAUGAUGAUGAUGAUGACGACGACGACGACAGCCCAAUUGUAAAGAAACAUGAAGAUGAUGAAGAUGACAAUGAUGGUGAUGAGGACGAUGGUGAUGACAAUGAUGAUGAAGAUGACAACAAAGUUGUAAAGGAACAGGAAGAAGAUGAUGAUGAUGACGAUGAUGAAGAUGAGGACGAGGAUGAUGAUGAUGAUGAAGAAUACACAGAAGGCUCCCUCUGCCAAUACUGCUCCUUCUGCAAGUACUGCGGCGAGUGUGAGAAGUGUCCUUGUGACGAGAAGGAUACGAGCGAGCAUUGCAAAAACUGUGAUCACUGCCAGUUCUGCUAUAUCUGUCCGGUACUCUGUGAGACAGCCUGCAAACCAGGGAGCUACAUAGAUGAAAUCUCCGGGUCUCUGUAUCAGACUGUUUCCAAGCUAUUUGAAGAGAAUCAAAACUAAAGGUUUCUCUGCCUCCCUACAUCACGAAGCGGCGCAUGGAACCUGAAAUGAAGCCGGAAACAUUUGUAUCACAAACUGACAUUUCUCCUACACAAUCAUAGAUGGAUCACGUGGGUAGAUGGACCUCUUCCUCGGA